AUGGCAGACUCAAACUGGUAUCCCUCUUCAUGGAAAUCGAGGUCAGCUGCUCAGAUGGUAGAUUACCCUGACCAACAACAUCUCCAAAGAGUCUUGACAAAAAUCAAUGCUUUACCCCCUCUCGUAACGCCCGCAGAAAUUGAGCGCCUUCGCUUUCAGAUAACUGCUGUGCAGCGGAACGAGGCCUUCUUGCUCCAUGCAGGAGAUUGCGCAGAAAGUUUUGACGCGUGUACUCAACAAAACAUAUCAGCAAAGAUCGGGUUGAUCCUUUCGUUUUCUCUCAUACUUAUUUGGGGUGGACGUCUCCCAGUGGUACGCAUCGGACGCAUUGCUGGGCAAUAUGCCAAGCCCAGGAGCAGCGGAACAGAAACGAUUGACAAUAGAGAGGUUUUGAGUUUCCGUGGUGAUAACGUCAAUGGGCUUGAUCCUAAUGAUCGAACCCCAGAUCCUGAGAGGCUCCUUAGUGCCUACUUUCACUCCACAGCUACCCUCAAUUACGUUCGUGGGCUUCUCACAUCCGGAUUUGCUUCAUUGCAUCACCCGCGGGACUGGUCGCUCUCACAUGUCCGUUCACCGGCGUUACGGUCAGUCGAGUUUGAAAAAAUCACUCGAGGUCUUUCUGAUGCGCUCGACUUCAGCCACACGAUAGGCGCUGACUCAGGUAGGGAAAGUGUGCCCUUUGACCAGGGUGGUGGUCGAGGUGUUCUGGGCGAGAUUGAUUUCUACACGAGCCACGAAGGAUUAAUGCUGGACUGGGAGCAAGCAAUGACACGGGAAGUUAAUGUCGCUGGGUCAGGGCCGUCUCCGCAGGAAAAGGGCUUCUACAAUACUUCUGCCCACUUUAUAUGGGUUGGCGACCGUACAAGACAACUUGAUGGCGCCCAUAUCGAAUAUUUCCGAGGCAUCCGCAAUCCCAUCGGCAUCAAGGUCGGACCUUCAUUAGAAAAUGCGGAGCUAAUCAGGCUCCUACAAAUCGUGAAUCCAAACAAAGAGAGUGGUCGCGUGACACUCAUCACCAGAUACGGAGCGGGAAAAAUCGGGGAUCACCUCCCUGGCCACAUUGAAGCCGUUAAGCACUCUCAACACCCGGUCGCAUGGGUAUGUGAUCCCAUGCACGGAAACACACUUACUUCCAGCAGCGGCUUCAAAACACGUAAUUUUGGGACUGUCAUCAGCGAGCUGACUUCCUGCAUCAGUAUCCACGCUGCAUGUGGGUCUCGGCUUGGCGGAGUCAGUCUUGAGUUCACAGGCGAGCUUAAUGACGAAGGCUUCAGCGUGACAGAGUGUCUUGGAGGAAGCAUGGAGCUCAGCGAGGAACAGCUGGGGCUCAGAUACCAGUCAUUCUGUGACCCCCGACUCAAUUUCGAGCAAUCGCUUGACGUUGCCUUUCUUAUAUCGAACUACUUCAAGGAGGAAAGACUCGGUGAUAAAGGAGAAAACAGUAUAUAUGCCGCCCUUGGAGGAAGAAGAACAAUUUGA